UUCAGCCUGGUUGGGGUGUGCCUGGCAUCUGUCUUGCCCUCUCCCCUUUGGUCCACGGCUCCUCUCAGCGAUUUGCAGCAGACCCACAGGGCAGUGUGCCUCCGUGGCAUUGAAUCAAAAAGCUUGGCCGGCGGCCUGGCCUGCUGGCUAGUUGCCCACCCGGUGGGUCCCGCCCUGAGCAAGGACACCAGAGCUCUUGUGCCUGCCUCGCUGAGCCUCGGUCCCUGCUCCAGUCGUCCCUCCAGCCACUUUGUAGCCCUCUGGCACCAUGAGCACCUCGUCGUCUGCACGGCCUGCGAUCCUGGCCGUUGCCGGGCUGGUGCUGCUCCUUCUGCUGUGUCUGGGUCCAGGUGGCAUAAGUGGAAACAAACUCAAGAAGAUGCUCCAGAAAAGAGAAGGGCCUGUUCAAUCAAAGACUAAUGUAGCUGUAGCUGAGCACACAGCAAAAGGAUUCCUGGGUGGCCUGAAGCGUGCCAAACGACAGCUGUGGGACCGUACGCGGCCUGAGGUACAGCAGUGGUACCAGCAGUUCCUGUACAUGGGCUUUGAUGAGGCGAAAUUUGAAGAUGAUGUCAACUAUUGGCUAAACAGAAAUAAAAAUGGCCAUGACUACUAUUAUGGUGACUACUACCAGCGUCAUUAUGAUGAAGAUGCGGCCAUUGGUCCCCGCAGCCAGGAAAGCUUUAGGCAUGGAGCCAGUGUCAACUAUGAUGACUAUUAAGCUCCCUGGGCCACGGGGCCUGUGCCUUGCUUCAGCAGGCCUUCUUUGCCUUUACCACGUGGACACAGACUAAAGGGAAGAAUAAAAGUGCUUUCGGCAUUUCA